GUCAUAAUGGUUUCCAUACCUGAAUAUUAUGAAGGAAAGAAUGUUCUUCUGACUGGAGCUACGGGCUUCAUGGGAAAAGUGCUUCUGGAAAAACUGCUCAGAUCUUGUCCUAAAGUAAAAGCAGUAUAUGUACUGGUAAGACCCAAAGCAGGGCAGACACCAGAAACACGAAUAGAGGAAAUAACCAGCUGUAAGCUCUUUGACAGAUUGCGAGAGGAGCAGCCAUACUUCAAAGAAAAAAUUAUAGUGAUUACAAGUGAACUUACACAGCCUGAAUUGGACCUUAGUAACCCAGUCAAGGAAAAACUUAUAGAAUGCAUUAAUAUUAUAUUUCAUUGUGCUGCUACAGUCAGAUUCAAUGAAACGCUAAGAGAUGCAGUUCAGUUAAAUGUGCUUUCCACAAAACAGCUCCUUUCUUUGGCACAGCAAAUGACGAAUCUAGAAGUAUUCAUGCAUGUUUCCACUGCGUAUGCAUAUUGCAAUCGAAAACAUAUUGAGGAAAUUGUUUAUCCACCUCCUGUUGAUCCCAAGAAAUUGAUGGAUUCUCUUGAGUGGAUGGAUGAUAGCCUAGUAAAUGAUAUUACUCCUAAACUUAUAGGUGACAGGCCUAACACCUACACGUAUACAAAAGCCUUAGCUGAAUAUGUAGUACAGCAAGAAGGUGCAAGAUUAAACACUGCCAUUAUAAGGCCAUCUAUUGUUGGUGCUAGCUGGAAGGAGCCUUUUCCCGGAUGGAUUGAUAACUUCAAUGGACCUAGUGGUCUUUUCAUUGCUGCAGGAAAAGGAAUUCUUCGAACAAUGAGAGCUUCCAAUGGUGCAGUAGCAGAUCUUGUUCCAGUAGAUGUUGUUGUCAACAUGACACUGGCUGCAGCUUGGUAUUCUGGAGUUAAUAGGUACAGCAAAUGACAGUAGAGAUUGCUA